AAAUGAGUCAAAACGAAAAACACACUCAUAUCAUUUCACCACACUACAUCCACCUCAUCACGCCAGAGAACACUACACGUUAACACACACACACACACAUACAUCAAAACACGAUGACAGCAUACAAACUUUAACAAAAAGGAAUAGAAAGGAUAGCACUUCACCUUUCUUUUCGAUAACGUCGUUCGCAUCGCACCUCCGUGUUCGCAGCAUCCCGGUUUUCCGAUAUUUGGCACCCGCUUAUAUGUUUCAACAUUUAACAUCCAUUUUUUAAUACAACCAUUUUUGUAAACUAAAAUCACUAACGAUACAUACAUUUAUCAUAACGUUGUUCAAUAUAAAUACAUAAAUAAUUCGUGAAUUAUUGUGUAAUAUUAUUAAAUUCAAUAAAUAUUUAUAACGUUUAUUCCGAAACGAGUGCGUUUCUUUCUUCCUUUAAAAAAAGGGAUUCGAUAAUCAAAAGUGAACAUCAAGAGCAAUAUGGACGUAGAAAUGGCAUCACCAUCAACGCCAACUAUGCGUUCGGUUGUUCCCGCUCCGCGCCCUGGAACUGCCCCAAUCGCAGCACGCCGGACCACCAUUCCAACCGCCGUGCCUCAACCAACAACAGGCACCACCGCGCCAACGGCCCCGGGCAAUAGCAUGGCAUCAACACCAGCAUCACCCGCACUAACAGCGGAUUUGCAGCGCAUUCGAUGCCCAUUGUGUCGACGCCCGCAUCGACUAUCGCACUGCGGCAUUUUUAAAGGCAUGCCACCGAUGCAACGCCAACAAGUUGCACAGGCACACGGCUAUUGCCUAAAUUGCCUGGGAACUACUCACGCAACGCAGGAGUGCCCGUCCAACAAUCGCUGCCAAAUCUGUGUGCGUUCGCAUCACACGCUGCUGCACCGCACUACCAGACGCGACGCAGGGCGACAAGCGGCUCCUCGCACCAGUGAUAACAUCAGGCGUUCUCAAAGAGCGCCUUUGAUACAAUACCGCCGGCGUGGACCCCCGUCUGCAGAAUCCCGUCACUGGCAACACCGUGCCACAUCAGCACGACGUCAGCAGCCUAGGCCGCAAUCCCGCCGGUCAACAGGCCUCAGCAGCGUCGUAGCCACGCUACAGCAGUUACAGCGGCUUCUAGGCUAAACAUUCGCCUAGGGGGGCCGGGAUGGCUAAAUGAGUCAAAACGAAAAACACACUCAUAUCAUUUCACCACACUACAUCCACCUCAUCACGCCAGAGAACACUACACGUUAACACACACACACACACAUACAUCAAAACACGAUGACAGCAUACAAACUUUAACAAAAAGGAAUAGAAAGGAUAGCACUUCACCUUUCUUUUCGAUAACGUCGUUCGCAUCGCACCUCCGUGUUCGCAGCAUCCCGGUUUUCCGAUAUUUGGCACCCGCUUAUAUGUUUCAACAUUUAACAUCCAUUUUUUAAUACAACCAUUUUUGUAAACUAAAAUCACUAACGAUACAUACAUUUAUCAUAACGUUGUUCAAUAUAAAUACAU